AUGAACACGAACAUAAAAGUGGACAGACAAAGUGGAGUGUUGCAUCGGGUUGACAGCCAAAUAUUCCCGUCGAAUCUGAAGUUCAAGUGAGUAAAUUUGUGAUUGUUAGCAAGUUUAGAGAGUGGAGAAGCUGAGGAGAGUUGAUUCUCUCUGGAAUAUGAUGAAGAUUCAUUAAUUUCAGCCAAGUCGAGAUGGUCCGUUGUCCAGCUUGCCGACUCCAAUCCCAGCUGAUGUGCCCGUCUUGUGUGUGCACGAAUAUCCGCGCCAACAAGCUCAGAGAAGUGUAUCGAGAGUGGUUUUUGCGGAAAGCAGAGAUCUGUCGCAAAAUUGAGCAAGUUCUCGAGCCCAGGGUGAGUUUAUUUUACCCAUGCCAAUUCUGAUCUCUAGAUGAAAUUGGAAGCCGAUUUCUAUGCCAAGAAGAAGUCAGUAAAGUUGAUUCGACAGAAAAUAGAGGCAGCAAGAGAUAAUAUUCAACGACUGAAGAAGAAGAUUGCGGUGGUUGAGGUUCGACGGAGUAAAUGCGAAAAGAAUGUGAGGACCUUGGAGAAGAAAAGUGUUAGUCAUUCCAAAAGAAUUCAGCUGCAAAAUGUGGAGAAUGAUAAGCUGAGGGCUUACUUGAAGGCUAAGCGAGAGGAUGUAAGUGGUUUUUACUUUUUUGGCUUUGAUUUUUAGGCAAAUAUAGCAAUUUUUUAUAUUAUACAUGGACAUUGGAUAAGAUUAGGUCUCUGCGAGUUGGCCCAAAAGCAUUUGGCGGAUUUGACUGCCAUGGAGGUAGUUAGUUGCAUGAGGGUUCUUUUAAGCUACAAAUCACCGCAUAGAGUCCCAUAACUUUCCUGUUAUGGCCAGUUUGAGUUAUAUUACCCAUGGUGUUUCCAGACUUUUCGUUACGUCCGUUUCUACACAAGUCUCUUCUCGCAUUACAUUCCAAUUGACCGAUUUGCCAAAGAAAAUAAAACCAAAAAGAAGGUGGGCGACGCUAUGGCCAGCAUGAUGGCCACUGACUCGCCAGCAGUUCAACAAUGGCCUCCAGUCAAAAAAUAUUAUUACACUGUGAACGGAUGUGCCAUAGAGGACAAUUGCGAGUACGACAGGCUGUUGGAUGACCUUCUCGAAGGCGUUUCGAUCAUUUUCCUGGAGAAACACUCCAAACAUGCGUAUUCGGCGCUCUUGUACACUAUCAGAUUGGUGAAUGUGAUGGCGCUGUUCGCGGACCUCCUUUUACCGUACCACUACGACAUCAAAGACUUUGCUCUCUACUCGAAUUGGUCUCAAGACCUCUUUUUCACGGACAUGUUCAAACUCAACGUCAAUAUUCUCGCACUGUGCGCCGUGUUUGGCCUAAAAAACGAACAGAUCAAAAUCUCCCAGCCCUUCCACAAUUUGUAUAAUUUAGUCCACGCGCUUCUGAAGAAAGAAAUCGAUGGAACGGAUGGGCUGAUCAAUGAGAAAAUGAAACAUCAGAUUUUCGAUGCCUUUUGUAAAUUUGUUUGGGAAGAACGAAACGACCGACUCGAGGUUGAUAAUGUGAGUUGAUGGCCUUGUAGUAAUAUAAUAGGGUCUAAUUCACGGGAUUUAUAGCGGUUCGGAUCAAAUUUUUAAACUUUUUAUAUUACACUUGCCUAGUGUAAUAUAAUUUUUACCCGGUUUUGACCUUAAAUCAAUUAAUUAUCCCCUAAAAUGUUGUAAUUCAUCCAAAUUAUCUCAUUUUAGACAAAAAAUUUGAUAUUUUUAUAUUACACUUGCCUAGUGCAAUAUAAUUUUUUCUCAUUUUUACCCAACAUUCACUUUCAGGUCGAGGAAGAUUGGGUGAACGUUGGAUUCUCAGUAAAAUAA